CUUACUUGUUGAGUGACGGUAGUGUGGACGCGGCUCCUCACUCGUCUUCCACAACAUAACUUCUCCACCAACAACAAGCAAGACAGAUUAUCUUUUGCAGGAGAAGAAACCUCCAAGUAAACUGCACGUAACCAGAGGGAGAAAAUCUCUCACGACUUCUCCGUCCAUUAUGGUGUUCUUAGAAGCAUUUGAGGAUUUUGAGAAGGCAGCCGAGCGUAUAUAUCUCAACGCCCCAAUGAGGACUCGAUGUGUAAUGAAGUAUAACCAUAGUAACAGCUGCCUCAAGGUGAAGGUAACUGAUGAUCAUGUGUGUGUUCAGUACCAGACUGACAGUCAACAAGAGCUUAAGAAGCUAGAGAAGUUGAUAAGCAACUUAAUGAAACAUAUGGCAUCAGGUGAAAGAUAAGAUAAUAUUCCUUUUUUAUGGUUAAUGCUGUACUUCUUUAGUUUGUUUUCUUAGUAGGAUAAUAAAAAUGCAUUAACA